AUGAAUGAACAUUUUUCGAAACGUCCCUCUAAACUCAUCGAGCGAUUGAAAGAUGAAGCAGAAAAAUUGGAAAAUUUGGAUGAAAUAUGCCAAAAGCUGUGCGCAUUUGUUGUAGAAGGAGAUGAUGGAAGAGAAUAUGAUGAAUCAUUAUGCGAUCAACAGUUAGCCGAAACUGUAUGGUCAGCGAUCUCGGAAGCAUCGAAAUUUUCUUAUGAUGAAAACAAAUUGGAGCAGUCGUUACCGCGCUGUCGUUUAUCAAACGCUAUUGUGAACGCUUAUAAGGUUUACAAAGACCGUUUGCGAGAUCAAUUGUCCACAGUUGGAUGGGAACAUGCACGCGUUGUUGACAUGGAUUGGAGAAUAAGUAAUGUCUUGGAGACAAAUGAAGGAAAGCAAAGUGGAAGUAUAGCAGAAAUUCAUUUCGAUACAAUUGCAACGGACAGCUGUGAUAUCGAGAAGAUUUCGUUCCAGUGCGAUGUUAAUCAGUUACAAGAUCUGUUGUGGACUUUCAAAGAAGCGCAAAAUUCACUGGAAAAUCUCUCAAAAUCGUGA